AUGGUGCCUCAUCAGGCAUCUGCAACACCUGACGAUGUGCUUCUUCUGCUGCGACUGCACGGCCGCAUCGUUCGCGCCGACGAUCCUGACGGAGCUGGGGUGGCGGGCGACGGUUGCGCAGCUCAUGACCGUGCCCGUCUGGGGGUCGGCUAUCAUAUGGACCUUCGCCGUCACAUGGACCUCCUCGCGCGCGAACUUGCGGGCGCCGUUCUUGCUCGGGUCCAGUUUGUCGGGUGGAUCGUCCUCGAAUCCCAGGUAUCGACAGCGGGGGUGCGGUAUAUGGCACUGUUCUUCACGGCGGUGGGAACGUUCCCGCAGAUGUCGAACCUGAUGGGCUGGCUGAGCGCGAACCUGCGCGGCCGCAAGUAUCUGGCCGUGGGCAUGGCAGGCUUUGGAAACUGCGCCAACUUCGUCGCGUCUACUUAA